GGCAUGCCCAGGGCACCGGGCACGGCCUUCAAUGGGCGAGGACACGGACACGCGGAAAAUUAACCACAGCUUCCUGCGGGAUCACAGCUAUGUGACUGAAGCCGAUAUCAUCUCUACCGUCGAGUUCAACCACACCGGAGAGCUGCUGGCCACAGGUGACAAGGGUGGCCGGGUCGUCAUCUUCCAGCGGGAACCAGAGAGUAAAAAUGCGCCUCACAGCCAGGGCGAGUAUGACGUCUACAGCACCUUCCAGAGCCACGAGCCGGAGUUUGACUAUCUCAAGAGCCUGGAGAUAGAGGAGAAAAUCAACAAGAUCAAAUGGCUCCCGCAGCAGAACGCCGCCCACUCCCUGCUGUCCACCAACGAUAAAACUAUCAAAUUAUGGAAGAUUACCGAACGAGAUAAGAGGCCUGAGGGCUAUAACCUGAAAGAUGAGGAGGGGAAGCUCAAGGACCUGUCCACGGUGACGUCCCUGCAGGUGCCCGUGUUGAAGCCCAUGGACCUGAUGGUGGAGGUGAGCCCAAGGAGGGUCUUUGCCAAUGGCCACACCUACCACAUCAACUCCAUCUCCGUCAACAGCGACUGCGAGACGUACAUGUCGGCGGACGACCUGCGCAUCAACCUCUGGCACCUGGCCAUCACCGACAGGAGCUUCAACAUCGUGGACAUCAAGCCGGCCAACAUGGAGGACCUCACGGAGGUGAUCACGGCGUCUGAGUUCCACCCCCACCACUGCAACCUCUUUGUCUACAGCAGCAGCAAGGGCUCCCUGCGCCUCUGCGACAUGCGCGCGGCCGCCCUGUGCGACAAGCACUCCAAACUCUUUGAAGAGCCUGAGGACCCCAGCAACCGCUCCUUCUUCUCGGAAAUCAUCUCCUCCGUGUCGGACGUGAAGUUCAGCCACAGCGGGCGGUACAUGCUCACGCGGGAUUACCUCACGGUCAAGGUCUGGGACCUGAACAUGGAGGCGAGGCCCAUAGAGACCUACCAGGUCCACGAUUACCUUCGGAGCAAGCUCUGCUCCCUGUACGAGAAUGACUGCAUUUUCGACAAGUUCGAGUGCGCCUGGAACGGGAGCGACAGCGUCAUCAUGACCGGGGCCUACAACAACUUCUUCCGCAUGUUUGACCGGAACACCAAGCGGGACGUGACCCUGGAGGCCUCCCGGGAGAGCAGCAAGCCCCGGGCCGUGCUCAAGCCGCGGCGCGUGUGCGUGGGUGGCAAACGCCGGCGGGACGACAUCAGCGUGGACAGCCUGGACUUCACCAAGAAGAUCCUGCACACGGCCUGGCACCCGGCCGAGAACAUCAUCGCCAUUGCCGCCACCAACAACCUGUACAUCUUCCAGGACAAGGUGAACUCCGAGAUGCACUAGGCCCUCAGAGCCUGGUCCCGCCCGCCAGCCUCUGGCAGUGUCCCCAACCGUCAGACGGCGACCAAGGAGAGGAGGAAGAUGGCAGCGGCAACAAGGACAGCCAUGGCAGUGGGGUGGCGGUGCAGUCAGUGACUUUAGCCUCGUCCCUCCCCAGCUUCCCUGGGCCAGAACCGCCCUUGCCGGUGAUGGUCUGUUUAAACAAGGACGACAAAGGAUUCACAGCCACAAGUCCUAAAAUGGACGUGACUGUGGGCCCUGAAGUUCGGGGUUCUUUCCUUCCCGUACUUGACCUGCCUGCGGUCUUUACCACAUUGUUAGGAUUUUUCAUCUCUGGGUUAAUUUUUCACUCCAGCGCUUCCUUUCCCGGGGAACUGGGAGCCGCUGGGAGCUGUUUCUCUCCUGCGCCUCCCUGGCCCCAGAUCUUGGCUCCGGGGACAGAUAAUGGGGCGUUUUCAAACAAGCCAGCCAGGGAUUCUUUUGAUUAUAAGCGGAGCGGUUUCCACUGUCUCCUUGCUGAGGGUCCCGCCUUUGGGUGUUGGGUCGCGGAUUCAUGCUGAGAAUUUGCGGACGCAAGCUCCUCCUCUAGGUUCUUUGAAUGUCUUUCAAUAUCUCAGGUCCGUGAGCGUUUCCUGAGAGGGAGGGGGAGAUCUACCCGUGUGUGUGCCUGUUAUCCUCCCGCCCGCCCCCCUCGCCGCUCGGGGCUGUGUGCCAGGCACGGUGCUCACCCCUUGGGCGCACUGAUUCAGUCCCUGUGCCUGCUCUGCGGGGCACUCCUGCCCUCCCUCCACAGUCCCAGGGCACCUCGUGGGAACUCCUGCCGGCUCUGUCCAUGACCUUUCUGAAUCCCCAUCAUGACCCCGUGAGGUGGGUGUUCAUUCAUUUCCUCCAUAAACACCCACUGCUCACCGAGUGCCAAGUGCCAGGGAUCGAAAGGUGAAUAAUUUAUCAUCCACUCUGAACACACGAGGAAACUGAGGCCCGAAAGGAUAAACAGUUGCUCAAGGAGUGCACCAGCCACGCAGUGGGGUCGGGACUCCCGUCCAGGUCUUCGCACAGGCGCCUCCUGAUCCAUUGCAUUGGUGGCUCAUAUUAAAGGGACAGUCUAGCUUGGAAGGUUCUGGAGACGUCUCUUCAUCCCGUGAAGCAGGACAGAGCAGGUGGGAUGAUGACGAGGGUCCGAGACUCGGAAUGGAGAACGGAGAAGACCCCGGUGCUCCUCGCCGUUGGGUAACUUCAGGACUCCCCACUCUGCCCCACGUCUGCACCCGAGCUCCUCGCUCAGAUGCACUGAACUGCCUCCAGAAGAAAACUGCAUGAUCUGACCAUUUUAGGAUACCUUUUCUUUAAUGACCACACCGUCUCAGAGGACACUUUCCUGAGGGCCACAGUGUUCCUCCUGCUCUGUCAAGACCAGACCCGCCCACCGCACCAACCAUGCCCACUUGUUGUCUUUGCCCAUGGAUUUGCCACGGAAGCACGUGGCUUUGCAUUUUGAUUCCAAAAGCAGAGUGCAGAGGCCCAACGGAAUCCAACCUUUUUUAGCAAGAUGUCCCCUCAUCCGGGAACUAGACCCCGCCCGAGAUUUUUCUCAAUGGAUAACGGUGUAUUUUUGUGUGGGUCAAAGCACAAAACGCAUGUGCGCUCACUUCCGGCCAUGAUAUUUACACGAGGAAAUGGGUCCAUUGAUAUUUUUUUCUUUUUUAAUCAACCUGAAUGAAGAAUGUUUGUUUAUAUAUCACUGUAAAAUCCAGGUGACCUGGACAGUAUUAUAUGUACAUAUCUACUCUAAUUAAAAUUAACAAUCACAGGAUUGGGUUCCUUCUUUUCCCCUUUAUAAAGAGGUUCAAGAAUGUGGUAAAUUGUAUAGAAAUCUUGCUGAAGCCAAAACCCAGCUCUGAGGGCCUUACACAAUUACUCGGAUAUUUGGCACAAUCCAUUUCCCUUCGCUGUUCAGAUGCUGAGAGGACACCUGCAUUUGCAGCCGGAGGUCACUGACAUUUACCGUCCACGGCGUACAAACCAGACACUGGACGUCCGCAUAUGCUUCCUGGUUCCUGACUUCUGUUUUAAACUUUGGAUAUUGAACCAAAAAGAAAAAAUAAAAAAGGAAAGAAAGAAAGAAAAAGAUCUCAGAAGGAAAGCAUUCCUCUGGAUCCCCAGGAAAUAAUGAUGUGCGAUGCAAAUUGUGAAUAAGAUGUGUUGAGGGGGGAGGGGCAAAGCUAGAAAUGGCAGAAGGGCCAGUAAAAUCGUCACAAACGUUGCUUCCUUGCUCUGUGUGAGUUUUCCGCUCCUCUUGAGUGUCCGGGCGUGCACAUAGUCGUUGUGAAGUUGUCGGUGGCUUUGAUUUUCACGUGAGUCCCCCCAGGACCGAGCCAGGCGGGCAGGAGGGGUGUGCGGCGGUAGCGUAGACGGACCCGGUCGCUCUGGACUCUAACUCAUAGGUGCGUUCCUGCUUUCUUUGGUGUCUCACCAAUUAGC